AGUUGCGACUCAUCCUCCUGGGCGGGGAGAGGUGGCAGUCGAGUCCUCCCAUAUCCCAGCAGGCAGUGCAGUCUGGAGACUCUGACAAAGGAGCAGGGAGCAGUCGCAGCUGCUUUCCGAGGAGCCAGUGUUGCUGAGAUUGCCAAAAUGCUUUGGAGUUUUUAACUGAAUCUAAGAAAGUCCAAAAUAGAUUUGAGACUGUAAAGACAGAAGCUGCAGCAAGGGGGAUCCAGUGCCAAUGCAUCAACAAAAAAGACAACCAGAGUUAGUGGAAGGGAAUCUUCCUGUCUUUGUGUUUCCCACGGAGCUAAUAUUUUAUGCAGAUGAUCAGUCAACACAUAAACAAGUGUUGACUCUGUACAAUCCCUAUGAGUUUGCCUUAAAGUUCAAAGUUUUGUGUACGACUCCAAAUAAGUAUGUUGUCGUUGAUGCUGCCGGUGCAGUGAAGCCACAGUGCUGUGUGGAUAUUGUGAUUCGUCAUAGAGAUGUUCGAUCCUGUCACUAUGGUGUGAUUGACAAAUUCCGCCUCCAGGUUUCUGAACAAAGCCAGAGGAAGGCCUUGGGAAGGAAAGAGGUUAUUGCCACCCUUCUCCCAUCUGCUAAAGAACAACAGAAGGAAGAGGAGGAGAAGAGAAUAAAGGAACACUUAACCGAGAGUGUGUUUUUUGAGCAGUCAUGUCAACCAGGGAAUUCAAGCUUGGGCUACGUGAGAACCUGCCCCCAGCCCCAAACAACAAAAGCCACACAGCAACAAACAAAUUUUAAAAAGGAAAAAAAACAUCUACAGUUUCACAUACUUAACAAGUUGGAAAACAGAGCCGUCUCUUCAGGACCUAGUUUGCUAACUGUCUUCCUGGGUGUGGUAUGUAUUGCGGCCCUGAUGCUGCCUACUCUAGGGGAUAUGGAAUCGCUGGUGCCUCUCUACCUCCACUUAAGUGUGAAUCAAAAACUAGUGGCUGCUUAUAUCUUAGGUCUUAUCACAAUGGCUAUACUUAGAACAUGAGCAAGGAUUGAAACUGACUUCUAAAGCAAAUUUAUCUUAAAAUAUGAAUGUGGACUGCCUUUUAUCUCUUUCACUCCAUUAACACACUACAAAUUAUCGAAUGAUUUCAAAUAACUGCAAAUGUAUAAUAUAUAUUUUCAAUUAGUCUAUAAUUUUAUUUGAAGGACUGUAGCACUUAAUGUUACAGACAACAAAGAUACUUCUGAGUGACACCUAGGAAAUUAUUUGAAGACAUUCUUUUUAAAUCUAUACCUGUUGUGCAAAUAACUUCGACGAGAUUGUUCAUCUUUUUUAUUUUGAACUCACUUUGAUAAGGGUCAUGGGUCCUUCAAAGUUUUAGACCUAAAUGAACAACUGACCAGCUUGCAAAUAUAAAAUGACAUUUAUUGCCUAGACGCAAGCAGCAACAUUACUAUGUAAGUCAUAGAUUUCCUCCUAUCAUUACAAGGAGCUGCUGUGGGGUUUCUAAGGGGAAACAGUCAGUGUGUGAGGGGUUGAAAACAUAAGGUACUUACUGAGCGAUCAUGCUUACCCUGGACUCUUCAGAGAAGACAAGAUGUAUCGAAAUUAGCUUUUUGUGAACUACAGAACAGACUGUGGUUCAGACAACAGGCACCUCACAGAAGUAGACUGGUUUUUCUGUUUCUAAAGAAAGGUAGGCAUUUUUUAAAUUAAUUGGUCCGUCCUGGCUUUACUUCUGGUUAAUCCUUGAUGUAUUAAGGAGAAAAUCACUUUUUGGGUUUCUCCCAGGUCCCUUGCUUGCCUGAGUGUAAGUGACUUGCCCUGUUAGGAAUGUCAGAUGACAAUUAGUUUCUGAGGACAUGAAUUUUUUACAUUCAAACUCUUAAGCCAAGUAGAGAAAGCCCUAGAUGCCCGUGUCUAUUUUGUAUUGACCACUGGGAUGUUUUUUAAGUUUUUAUUUAUUCAAAUAAAUUUACCAAAAAAAAGCCCCCUAAGCACAAAAACUUCCAUUUCUUGAUAGUGUUCUCUGGCGUCUCACAUCUGUGUGUUUAACUGUUGUCACAGCAACUGAUCUUUCUCCUCUUAGGAUUUUUAUCUGAAAGCACAAUGCAUCGAGUCUCUUGAAAAUCGAAUUCUCUUUUAGCUCUUUUUAUGGAAUAAACUUUAUGCACUGCUAAUGUAGCACUCUCAAGGAAUAUAUGUACACACAAAUGUAUGCCUGAAGUUGAUUUUUUUGGCAGAAAACAAUACUCUGCUUGUAGAAGCUUUUUGUCUAGCAUUUCAUAAAUCAUCGUUUACCCAUUUGUGGAGCAGCAAUCAUUCAGUGGAUCAUGUCUGUACAUUGUGUAAUGAUUGAAAGGCACACUGAACUCAUAAAGAAAACAUGUUUGUGAAGCUC